UCAGGUGGCUGGAAGCCAGGGUGUGAUCUUUCCAAUGGCACCUGGGUGAGAGAUAAUGGAAGCAGCCAUGGAUACACUAACCAGACAUGUAAGUCAUUACCUGAGUCUAAGAACUGUGGCAAGUAUGGGAAGAAUGGGGAUUAUGUGAGGUGGAGGUGGCAGCCGGCACGGUGCGAGUUGCCGAGGUUCAAUGCUAAAGAAUUCCUUGAAAUUUCUAGGGGGAAAAGAAUGGCCUUCGUCGGUGAUUCGGUUGCCCGGAAUCAGGCGGAUUCGCUCGUCUGCUUGCUUUCUGAGGUUAGCCUAGCCUUCCCAUAUCAAAACGUUCCGGACAUAACGGCGAAAUCUGUUUUGCGAUCGGAUGUUGUUUGGGUGACGUCGCGCGUCAAUUUCGGGUGUUGGUCAUCCCUUUGGACCGGUCUCAUCCAAUUUGAUUCCAAGGGGUUCUCUCUUAUACGAAUUCGACGUCCUGAUUGCAACGGCACAGGGUCAACAAUCUUUUAUGUAGCUGGCUGCAUACAUGAAACCCCUCAUGCAAUUGGUAUUUAUUUUCCUGGAAGAACUAAGCAAAGAAAGCGCCAUUUCACUUCCUGUUACAAACCAGACAACUAUUUCCCAUUUAACAGUGUUCAUUCAAAGCAAUUGCAGAUGGAGAUUCCAAAAGCAUUCCACAAAGAUCCUGAAGAUAAAUUUCCAAUUUGGCAUUUUGAAUCCCACAAUUUCACUCUUAUGGUAAUCUGGACCAAAUUCCUAGUACAAGGAACCGAGAGAUUGAUAAAUGGAUCUAACUCUGGUGUCUAUGAUCUGCAUCUGGACAAGAUUGACCAAGAAUGGACCAAGAAACUUCCAUUUAUUAACCAUGUAGUCAUUUCUAGCGGUCACUGGUUCUUCGGGAAAAUCUACUUAUAUGAAGGUGGACAACUGAUUGGAUGCAUCUACUGUUCUGAGAAAAUUGUUAGGAACAAUGACCCGGCUUUUGGCUUGCGGAAGGCCUUCAGAAAAGCACUGCAAUUCCUAAACAAAGCUGAAGUGUUUGAUCAAGAUAACUUAAUAUUUUUGAGGACAUUCUCACCAGCACAUUUUGAAAACGGGACUUGGAAUGGUGGUGGCUACUGCAACAGGACCAGACCCUUUGAUGAAGGUGAAAUAAACUUGGCCGGAACUUACUGGGAAAUUCGAAAUGCACAAGUAGAAGAAAUAAAUAAAAUCAAAAUAGCUUCUUCUAGCAAUGCGAAGAGACGAUUUGAGCUUUUGGACGUCACUAAGGCUAUGAUGAUGAGACCUGAUGCUCACCCAGAUACAAACUGGAACAAUCAAUGGAUGAGAGGUUACAGUGACUGCGUGCAUUGGUGCAUGCCUGGGGCUGUUGACAUGUGGAAUGAUAUGCUGCUGACACUACUCAAGAAAUACUUGCUGGAGAUAGGUAGUAGAAAAGCUCAAUGAUCCUAU